AUGGCUCUAACCACUUGCCCCGAAAGAAAGCAAGUGAUGACCGCCUUCCUUGACCAGGUCUCAUCUGGUGAGCUGAGAGAUGCUGAGCUGUGCGACGAAGACGAAGUUAUCGCUGUCUGCAAGCUUUGGAAUCUCGUCAAAGGAUUCAUCGCAGACUUCUCCCAGCGAACCAUUGAGAAAAUUGAAGCUUUUGCCAUCUGGCCCAAGAUCAAGUCAGCCAACACUCGAGUGAAUCUCGUAAAUGAUCCCACUUCUCUACACGAUAUCAGCUUUCUCAAGACAAUCCACCAAAAUGAGCUUGCUCGUCUGCAGCGUGGAUUCUUCGGCUUCGAGCUCAUCUGUCGUGUUGUCCGCCCCCGACAGAUCUACACACAGACCUUCUCCCCCAGACUGUUCAAGAAAAUGCUGCGAUCUCUUUUCCCACGAUGGCAGGUAGAGGAGCUGGCUACGGUCUGGGACUAUCUUCGCAAUCAGUAUCUCCACGUUCGGCACGAAUGGAGUGCAGCUUGCAUUUCAUCCCUCCCUCGGCCUGCUCAAAUCGAGGACAUCCUCAACCCAUAUGCGGCGCUUGUUACUCCUGGAGACAGCGUUAGCAUCGACGAAUUCCCGACUGAAGACAACGGGCGUUUUACCGCACCUUCUACAUGCUGCUUCGGGGCACUCCCUGGCCUAGGCCUCGCUUUCUUCUCUAAGCUCCUACACCAGGAUCCCCAGACUCGACAUGAUACUCUCCGAGACUUGAGACACAUCUUGGCUCCAUGGAAAUCCCGUUCUUCCCACUGGGUAGGCCCCCAGAUUCUGGUUGAUUUGCUAUGGCUACAAGUCAACGUUGUACGAGACAGGGAUGCCUACCUCACCCAGCAGUGCGCUUCUUUCGGCCCCGACCACUGGAAUGCCGGCUGGACGCUCUAUACCCGCUGGUACAACAACUCGGAUCUGCGGCGUGCCGGUGUCAUUUUCUGGGAGUUCAAACGCCUCUUCGCCAUCCUCUGCCUACCAAAGGAGACCUACAAGGCUCACAAGAUUGUCAGCGCGAGACCCGACCUCCGACUUGCUAAUCUCGCCAUGCACCCACAUCCUCUCCCGCUGCUUCCUGUGAGCUACGAACAUCUCGCAGGAUGGUUUGUUCUCAAGGACGACUGGGAGGCAUUCGAGAGGGCUUGGGGCAACAAGACCUACGAGAAAGAGGCUAGGGAGGAAGCAACUGUCAAGUUCCUGCAAGACCUCGAGAACCCUGAGCGAGCCUAA